AUGACCCGGGAGAAGAAAUUCGCUCUGGUUACAGGGUGCGGGAAAGGCGGAAUUGGUGAGGCCCUCAUACUGGAAUACGCUCGUCGUGGUAUCUACGCUAUCGCUACUGUACUUCCAAAUGAGAAUAGUAACCAUCUUACUGUUGCCGGGAUUACCUGGUUUCCACUGGAUGUGACCGAUGAACAAUCUGUCAUCAAUCUGAAGAGAGAAAUAUCUUCCAUUACCGACGGCUAUCUGGAUAUCCUGGUAAACAACGCUGGAAUAUGCUACACUAUGACUGCCAUUGACACAGAUGUUAAUGCAGUCAAACGCAUGUUUGAGGUCAAUGUCUUUGGCCCAAUGCAGAUGGUACAUCACUUUCACGCUAUGCUGAUUCAGGCCUCUGGAACCAUUGUGAACAUUGGAUCCAUCGGCGGCGUUGUUCCAUAUAUGUACGGAGCAUCAUAUAACGCCUCCAAGGCUGCUCUUCAUCAUUAUUCCAACACCUUACGUCUAGAGAUGUCACCUUUCAACGUCAAAGUACUUACCGUCAUUUCUGGGGAAGUUGGAACCAACAUUCUCAAGAAUGACGUCCACCGAAGACUGCCUGAAGGGUCAUGUUAUUCCCCUCUUGCAGCUGAAUUUGAGAAUCACGUUCAAAGAACACCAAAAACAACAAGUCGCUUUGACUACGCAUCAAAUGUUGUAUCUCAAAGCCUAAAGUCAUCACCAGCAGCAUGGUUCUGGACCGGAAGUGCUACUGCUAUCAUUCGGUUUUUGGACAUGUUCGCAUGGCGUACUAUAUGGGAUUUCUUCUUUUACCGGGAGUUCAACCUGGACAAAGUGAAGGAAGCUCAUCUUGCAAACGUUGAGAAGAGUGCGUAG